AAGACGCCACGUAGUUGGAAAAAGCUUAAUGUGCGCGCAGCUUCAUUCUUCAUACUAAUCUGAUAUUCUCUUGAUCUCUUCUGAUCGUCGUUCACUACUUGUUCAUUCACACCAAAACGCGAAUCGCACAUUGUCGUUCACUCGCUGUUCGUCGUGGUGAUGACGAAGAUGGAUCCAGCACCUGCUGCGCAACGUCGAAUCAAAGCCAUCAACAACCACCUCACCCCCGCCGCCUCCUCUCACCGUUCUCCCUCCGCUCUCCUUCAACCUUCCCCUACCGCCGCCGAGUUCGCCUUAGAACAAGGUUAUAGUGUUGUACUCCCAGAGAAAUUGCAGACAGGAAAGUGGAACGUGUAUAGAUCUGCACGCCAUCCUCUGCAACUGGUGACCAGAUUUCCUGAUAAUCCUGAAAUUGGCACCCUGCAUGAUAAUUUUGUGCAUGCAACUGAAGUUUUUCGAGACUACAAGUAUCUGGGAACUCGUGUCCGUGUGGAUGGAACAGUUGGGGAGUACAAAUGGAUGACUUUUGGUGAAGCGGGUGCUGCCCGCAGUGCAAUAGGUUCUGGUUUGAUACAUUAUGGAAUCCAGAAGGGCUCCUGCAUUGGUUUGUAUUUUAUUAACAGACCUGAGUGGCUCAUUGUUGAUCAUGCUUGCUCUGCAUACUCAUACAUAUCAGUUCCUUUAUAUGAUACUCUAGGUCCUGAUGCUGUCAAGUACAUCGUUCAUCAUGCUGUUGUACAAGUUGUAUUCUGUGUUCCUCAGACAUUAAAUUUAUUGCUGAGCUACUUAUCGGAGAUUCCAACUAUACGUCUGAUUGUGGUAGUUGGAGGUAUGGAUGAUCAAAUUCCAUCAAUUCCUUCAUCAUCCGCAGUUAAGGUUAUUACAUAUUCACAGCUAUUUACUCAGGGGAGCAGUAAUAUUCAGCCCUUUUGCCCACCUAAGCCCAAUGAUGUUGCAACCAUUUGCUAUACAAGUGGUACCACUGGAACCCCAAAGGGUGCUGUCUUGAGCCAUGGAAACUUCAUUGCAAGUGUGGCUGGGAGCACGUGCACUUCAAAUGAAGUUUUCGGUCCUUCUGAUACUUUUUUAUCUUAUCUCCCUUUGGCUCACAUUUAUGAACGAGCUAACCAGGUCUUCACUGUAUAUUUUGGUAUUGCAGUGGGAUUCUACCAGGGGGAUAAUAUGAAACUAAUGGAUGACAUAGCUGCUCUAAAACCUACCAUAUUUGUUAGUGUUCCUCGGCUAUACAACAGAAUAUAUGCUGGUAUUUUGACUGCUGUUAAAACAUCUGGUGGUCUGAAGGAAAGGCUAUUUAAUGCUGCCUUCAAUGCUAAAAGGCAGGCACUAAUUCAUGGAAAGAGCCCAUCUCCCAUAUGGGACAGGUUAGUUUUCAACAAGAUAAAGGAAAAGCUUGGAGGACGAGUUCGUUUGAUGACAUCAGGUGCCUCACCCUUAUCACCUGAUGUCAUGGAAUUUUUAAAGAUUUGCUUUGGUGCUCGAGUGUCCGAAGGAUAUGGAAUGACUGAGACUACUUGUAUUAUAAGCUGUAUGGAUCUGGAUGACAACCUUUGUGGUCAUGUUGGCUCAGCUAAUCCAGCUUGUGAGAUAAAACUUGUGGAUGUUCCAGAGAUGAACUAUUCAUCUGAUGAUCAGCCCAAUCCCCGUGGUGAAAUAUGUGUCAGGGGUCCCAUUAUUUUUCAAGGUUAUUACAAAGAUGAAGUUCAGACGAGAGAAGUGAUAGAUGAAGAAGGAUGGUUGCAUACAGGAGAUAUUGGAAUGUGGUUACCUGGUGGUCGACUCAAAAUUAUUGAUAGUCAUCCCGCCCCUGCUGCAAGGCGACCACAAUCUUUUGUAGCUCUUGGUCGUGAGCCACCUCCUCUUCCACCGUUUCCCAGAGGUUCACAUGUACUACUGAAAUCGCCCUUCCCAUCAUUUGCUGUGACAACGCAUCUGCUGCCUUAUUCUCAAGGCCUGGCCGGUAUUGGAUCUCAAAAUCCAAGCCUAACAAUUUAA